CCGGCCCUGCGAAGCGAGCACUGUCCCUGGUGACAGCCAUGUGCCGCACCCUGAGCGUGUUCCCCGCCUCCUGCCUGGAGAGAGCCAAAGAGUUCAAGGCGCGCCUGGGCGACUUCCUUCAGGGACAGGAGCUGGGCCCCGCUGUGGGCAGCGACCCCAGGAAGCCCAGCAGACAGAGCGGGAAGCCCUCGGAAGACACGCUGGGCUGGAGGGAGUCGUUCGACCUGCUGCUGGGCAGUAGAAAGGGAGUGGCCGCCUUCCGCGCCUUCCUCAAGACGGAGUUCAGCGAGGAGAACCUGGAGUUCUGGCUGGCCUGCGAGGACUUCAAGAAGACGCGGUCGGCGGCCAAGCUGGCCUCCAGGGCCCGCAGGAUCUUCGAGGAGUUCAUUUGCACAGAGGCCCCGCGAGAGGUGAACCUCGACCAUGAGACGCGGGAGCUGACCAAGAGGAACCUGGAGGGCGCCACGGCCGCCUGCUUCGACGUGGCGCAGGGCAAGGCGCGGGCACUGAUGGAGAAAGACUCCUACCCGCGCUUCCUGCAGUCGCCCGCCUACCGGGACCUGGCCGUCCAAGCCCCACCCCGGCCCUCACACACCUGA